AUGGCUACCAAGAGUUCUGGAAGCAAACGCCACAGGGAGGCCGGAUCGGCUGGUGCAGCUCCCAAUAAUUCAGACACUGUUCUUAAUGGUGAUGGUGAUAGAAAAGAUUCUGUAUAUGCCAUCGAGAACGAGAAGAAGAACGAUGAUGAGAAAGUGGUCGAAAGCUUUGAGGAUUUAGAUUUUUCAGGCCCAACUCUGAAGGCGAUCGAGAAAAUGGGAUUCAAGACAAUGACACCAGUGCAGGCUAGAACCAUUCCUCCUCUUCUUGCCGGAAGGGAUGUCCUUGGUGCUGCAAAGACUGGAUCUGGUAAAACUUUAGCAUUUUUGAUACCUGCGAUUGAAAUAUUGCAUUCUUUGAAAUUCAAGCCUAGAAAUGGUACCGGUGUGAUUGUUAUCACACCCACAAGAGAGUUGGCGCUACAAAUUUUUGGUGUAGCGAGAGAACUGAUGGAAUUUCACUCUCAGACUUUUGGAAUAGUUAUUGGCGGGGCCAAUCGUAGACAAGAAGCGGACAAGUUAGCAAAGGGAGUUAAUUUGCUAAUCGCAACACCUGGUAGAUUAUUGGAUCAUUUACAGAACACAAAAGGUUUUGUUUUCAAGAAUUUGAAAGCUUUGAUUAUCGAUGAGGCUGAUCGUAUCUUGGAAAUUGGAUUCGAGGAUGAAAUGAAACAAAUUAUAAAAAUAUUACCUAACCAAGAAAGACAAACUAUGUUGUUUUCUGCGACGCAAACCACCAAGGUGGAGGAUUUGGCAAGAAUCUCUUUAAGGCCAGGCCCAUUAUUUAUAAACGUUGUCACGGAAAGAGAAAACUCGACUGCGGAUGGUCUUGAACAAGGAUAUGUUGUUUGUGAAAGUGACAAAAGAUUUCUGUUACUAUUUUCUUUUUUGAAAAGGAAUCAGAAGAAGAAAAUUAUUGUUUUCCUUUCAUCUUGUAAUUCUGUGAAAUAUUAUGCCGAGUUACUAAAUUAUAUUGAUUUACCAGUACUGGAACUACAUGGAAAGCAGAAACAACAGAAAAGAACAAACACAUUUUUUGAAUUUUGUAAUGCUGAAAGGGGUAUAUUGGUUUGUACUGAUGUUGCCGCUAGAGGCUUAGAUAUCCCUUCCGUCGAUUGGAUUAUUCAGUUUGAUCCUCCGGAUGAUCCAAGAGAUUACAUUCAUAGAGUGGGAAGAACUGCAAGAGGUACUAAAGGUAAGGGAAAAUCUCUUAUGUUUUUGAUUCCCACAGAACUUGGAUUUUUAAGAUAUUUGAAAGCGGCGAAAGUUCCUCUUAACGAAUUCGAAUUCCCAACUAAUAAAAUUGCCAACGUUCAGUCCCAAUUGGAAAAACUAAUUCACUCCAAUUAUUACCUUCACCAAACUGCCAAAGAUGGUUAUAGAUCAUACUUACAAGCUUACGCAUCGCAUUCGUUGAAAACAGUCUAUCAAAUUGAUAAACUUGAUCUGGCUAAGGUUGCUAAAUCAUACGGCUUCCCCGUACCACCAAAGGUUAACAUCACGAUAGGUGCGAGCGGUAAAACACCAGUAACAAAGAGACGUAAAGUAGAUAGGCAUUAG